AUGAAUCCAAAUAUGAAUUCACAAGAAUUUCCACCAAAUGAAUCACUUGAUUCUUAUCAUUCAUUCGGAACAAAUCCAUCAUCAUGGCAAGAUUCUUCAACUCGUUUUCGUGGACGAAGCCAUUACCAAGGUCCUUAUCCAACAUCUAAUUCACGAGCACGACAACGUGGUGAUUUCUCACAACGUGGUCGAUAUUCAUACAAUAAACGUGGUGGUGACGCUCAUCGUUCACAUAUUCGUGACACAAACUUUGAUCAACAACAACAAGACCAAUCAUUUGAUAAUAAUAAUGAAUAUCAAACAACUACGUUUAGUUCGUCUAAUCGUAAAUUUAAUAAUUUUUUUCGUACAAAUAUGUUAGAAGAUCCUUGGAUUAAUAUGAAACCAACAAAAGUACCAUCUAAUGGUACAUCAUUAGUAUUUGAUUCAACAAAUCAUUAA